AUGGAUGCCGCUGCAUCCUGCAACUCUCCUGCGGCGGUGCCGCCGCAGGAUGUGGUGGCCUCGCCUGAGGCGACCCCAUCCGCCUCGCAGUGCGAGGACUCGAUGCCUCCGAGAAAACGCCGUAAGACGUCCUCUGAGGAUAGCAACGGUGAGGGCAAAGAGAAGAGGCAGAGUGGCAGCUCCAGUUCGGCCUCGCAACACCGAAGAAAGGCGCCAGCCUCAUCUGCCGACCCACCCGAAACUGUUGCUGCCGGGGAAGGAGACAUCGCUGCAGAGGCCACCCUAGCGGUCGCCCAGGACGCGAAAGAGCCAGCUGAAGUUGCAUCAGCGGAGGCCGAGCCCCAGCAAGAGGCUGCUGAUACCGCUGCAGCAGAGGAUCCAGCUGCUGCUUUGGGAAUUGCUGAGUUGGAGCGACUGGCGACCAGCCUGGGCUGCACGCAGACAGCCUUGCUCCAGGCUGGGGAGAUCGACCCAUCAGUCGUGGCAGCACUGCCAGAGGACAUGCGAGGAGCAGUCGUAAUGGCGACCUUGUCACAGGUCAACGUCGACCACCUUCGCACCCGCGGUGCUGCUGAGAGCACCAGCUCUGGUGCAGCCCCAGAUGCAGGUUACCACGAGAUCGACGCUUCGGUUCUCGAGGCGCUCCCCCCUGAGAUCCGGGAGGAGGUCAUGAGAGAAGAAGAGAGAAAGCGGCGCGAGCAGGAGCGUGCCCAGCAGCGAGCGGCUGAAGCCGCCACAGCACAGGCACAAGCUCCGCAGGCUGCGGCUGCAAUCGGAAUGAGUGGAGACAUGGACAAUGCCUCCUUCAUCGCGUCGUUGGACCCCAUGCUCCGCGAGGAGGUGCUGAUGACCGCCCCGGAGGAAGUUCUGCAAACUUUGCCUGCCGAGCUGGUGGCAGAGGCGCAGCUGAGCCGUGACCGUGCCUUCAUGCGCAUCGCCAGCCGCCGUGAGGGCCCACCCCCGACGCAGCCACCCCCGCAAGUCCGGGCUCCGCGACCGCAGCCGCCGGCGCCGGUACGGCCACAUCAUUAUCUGCAGGCCAUGGAGCAGCAGCUCUCUCAGCUAGGAGGUCGGCGGGCGUGGUUCCACGGAACGGAUGGCCGAUUCAGACAGGCCAGUGAUGAUUUCAUGGCCCAGCUUGGCCUGGCGCUGGGUGGUUCACGCAGCCGACAGGCGUCGCCAUUAGCGCCUCCUGCUGGUGCAGGAGGCAGCGCUCCUGGCCUGUCUUCCUAUGACGAGGCCGACCGGGCUCUACUGGAUCGGCUGGGCGACUAUGACGAGGAGUCAUGCCAGGGCAUGGAUCCGCCGCUGCCGCCGGCGGCCAUCCGCAGUGUAUGCCAGUUGCUGUACCUCCGUCACGAGGUGACAGUGACUCCCUUGACGCGCCUCUUCUUCAACCUCUCACUACAUCCGGCAACCAGGCACUUCACCUUGGGCCAGUUCUUGGUGCUCCUCUGCAAGGAGCCCCAGGGACAGCACGCGGAGACACCGGGGUCCAGCGAGAAGUCGCUCCCGCCGGCGCACCUCUACGAAGGCCUCGAGAAUGGAUUGCUGCCAAUGUCGAAUGCAACCGAGGUGAAGGCAGUGGGCGCUCAGCGGGUCCUUCAGAUCUUGGCCUAUCUGCUCAGACGUGUACCACAGUGUGGCGAGUUCUUUGCCAAGCCCCUGCAGAAGGAGCCGUGGCUGGAGGGCGAGGCGCCCCUGGUCACUGGUGGGCAGUUGUCCAGCCUCAUCGGGCACCACUCGGUGAAUGUCCUGCUGCGACUCCUGACAACCAAGCUGUUCCUGGCCUCUUCGCGGCAUGCGGCUUCGCUUCUGGCCAUUCUCCACGCGCUGCUGGUACCAGUCAAGGCGAAGAAGGAGGAGAAGCUGGCAGAACCAUCAGGAGGACCCGCCGAGGAGGCUCCCCAGGCAGCUUCCGAGGUGCCCAGCGAGGUGGACAAGGACGGAAAGGCGAAGAAGGCUCCUGAUCGGAGCUUGGAGCGCUGGUCGGUGAUCAACAGGAACAUGCACACCGUGCUGUCCCGAGAGAGUGUACUGGCAUUGUGCCACUUCCUGUGCCAAGCGGGCAGCGGACAUGGAUCCAGCGGAGAGGCAGACACCUUCCAAAUGGCAGGGGAGAUUCUGGUGGCGCUCGCUGCUUCGCAGGAGCAUCUCACCAUGGUCCGGGCAGACCUCAUGCGAGUUCUGGCCAACCUGGUGACCAACAUCGAAGCGGACCUCGCCAAGUGUGAGCCGGCCUCGACGGACCCCUCCACGAUGGAGCGGUUGCUUCGACUUGUGCGCACCCUCGCCGAGGUCUUCAAGGAGGCAGCAAAGGCCAGCGCGAAUCAGGAGCUGAAGAUCGAGGACUUUUUGAGGGAAGCUCGCCUGGAGGAUCUUUGGACAUCCUUGGAUCAGACCUUAGACCGACUCCAUGACACGGAGGUGUUUGCGACUCCGGCGCAGCGCAUCCUGUCUACGGGGGUUGCGCCCUCGCAGCUGCGGAUCGAGAGCUCAACGGGCUCCAACAUGAGCGGAGCCUUGGCGUCCAACGUCCAGACCACUCCUCCAAAGCCGCUCCUCAAUAGGUUGCUCCCGUUGAUCGAGGCAUUCUUCGUGCUUCACAACGGCUCCAAGGAAGCUGACUUGGAAUCCAAGGAGAAGGAGCAACAGAAGGCUCAGGAACAGGAGGGUGGCUCAUCCUCCAGCUGUCCUGGGAAGCAGGUCUUUGCAGACCUCAUUGAGGUGACCCUGGUGGAGAGAAGCCGCUUCGGCCAGUUCUGCAAGCGACAUCGGAGGCCUUUGAAUGCGUUGAUCAAGCAGACCCCCUCGCUGUUGAACAAGUCCUUCUCGCCAGUGCUGAAGCACAUGCCGCACUGCUUGGACUUCGACAACAAGAGGGCUUACUUCAGAUCUCAGCUGAGGUCCAGGAGGAUGGAGAGCCGAUACGAAACGAUUCGCCUUCGUGUCAGGCGCUCCGAGAUCUUCAUGGAUUCCUAUCACCAGCUGAGAAACCGGACUGGUGAAGAGCUGCGUGCGAAGAUCCAGGUGCAGUUCCAGGGGGAGGAAGGCAUUGAUGCUGGCGGUGUCGGAAAGGAGUGGUGUGGGGCUUUGGCGAAAGAGAUUUUCAACCCCAACUAUGCACUCUUUGUCCAAGCUGGCGGCAAAGCUUGUACCUACCACCCGAACCCGAUGUCGUAUGUGACCAGAGACCACCUCGACUUCUUCCACUUCAUCGGGCGAGUGAUCGGAAAAGCGAUUCACGACGCUCAAAACUUGGAGGCCUGGUUCACCCGCGGCUUCUACAAGCACAUGCUGGGGAAGAAGGUCAUUGCUGCAGAUCUAGAAGCUUUCGAUCCGGAAUACUUCUCCAAUCUGAAGUGGAUGUUGGAACACGACAUCACCGACGUCAUUGAGCUUUAUUUCUGUGCAGAGAGCGAUGACUUUGGUCAGAUCAAGGUGGUCGACUUGAAGCCGAACGGUCGCAACAUUCCUGUGACCAACGAGAACAAGUACGAGUACAUCCAGCUCAUGUCAGAGCACAAGAUGACGAACUCCGUCCGACAACAGAUCGAUGCCUUCCUCAAGGGCCUGCACGAGAUCGUGCCGCCCGAGCUGCUGUCGCUGUUUGACGACAAGGAGCUUGAGCUGCUGAUCUCUGGGUUGCCAGACAUCGACAUCGAGGAUCUCAAGGCCAAUACCGAGUACCACAACUACACGACGCAGUCCGACCAGAUCCAAUGGUUCUGGAAGGUGCUCAGUGAGUUCAGCCAAGAGCAGAGGGCCUGGUUCCUUCAGUUCGCGACCGGCACCUCUCGCGUGCCCGUGGAAGGCUUCAAGGGACUUGUCGGAAUGCGUGGACCGCAGAAGUUCUGCAUCCACCGGGCAUACGGUCCUGAUCGGUUGCCUUCUGCUCACACAUGCUUCAAUCAGCUCGACCUUCCCGAUUAUCCUUCGGAAGAAGUCCUUCGAGAUAAAUUGCUCCAGGCAGUGCACGAAGGCCAUGAAGGCUUCGGCUUUGCCUGA